CUCAAGUGCGACCGGCCGGUAGGAGCGGAGGCAAACAAACAGACCCGGAGCAGCCACAGGACGAUCUGCCGGGUUUUUUGGUUCAGCAGAGAGACACCGGACCAGAAGAGGAGAAUGGGACGCCGGUGCUUGGAUCAGGACUGAGUCUGGUCGGCACGUUUAGAGCUCCUGCGACCCGUUUCCAAGUCCUUUUCUGCCGGAUCAGAGUCACGUUUUCGCCGCUGACACAAUGGGCUGCUGCAGCGGACGAUGCACUCUCAUCUUUAUUUGCACUUUACAGUUGGUGUUGGCUCUAGAAAGACAGGUCUUCGACUUCCUUGGUUACCAGUGGGCCCCCAUCCUCGCCAACUUCUUCCACAUCAUCAUGGUCAUCCUCGGCCUCUUUGGCACCAUCCAGUACCGUCCGCGCUACAUUGUGGUGUAUACAGUAUGGGCCGCUCUGUGGGUGGCCUGGAACGUCUUCAUCAUCUGUUUCUACCUGGAUGUAGGCGGCCUGUCCAAGGACAGUGACCUGCUGACAUUUAACAUCUCCGCCCAUCACUCCUGGUGGAGCGAACACGGGCCGGGCUGUGUGAGGAGAGAGAUGCCUCAGGCUCCGGGGGUCCGCACCACAGAGAGCCACUCCUACAUCACUGUCAUGGGCUGCCUCAUGGACUACCAGUACAUCGAGGUUGUGCAUAGCGGCACACAGAUUCUUGUUGCUCUCCUGGGCUUCGUGUACGCCUGUUAUGUUGUCAGCGCUAUCACUGAGGAGGAGGACAGCUUUGAUUUUAUUGGUGGAUUUGACCCAUUCCCACUCUACCAUGUCAAUGAGAAACCAUCUCAUCUCCUCUUAAAGCCCAUGUACCUGUCUACGUAAAUAAGAGAGCGUCCAGCGGGGAGGUGACACAGCAAAUUCCCACGGAGACAAAAUGGCUGUUGUGACACAAACCUCCCAGUUCUCUGGGGCACGCCAGACAUUCCUCCCCUUCUUGAUUUCAGUACUUUAAACAUGUCAUUUACUGGUGCACUGCCCAGAAAAGCCAACACUUCUCAGUUUGGGUCCAUUGUUUUCCAGGGAGGGAUGACGGGUUCUGCGAAUAGGGGGGAUUACAGUGCAACAAAGCCCCAUAUUGUGUGUUUUGGGACAUAUCAAUCAUUUUCUUUGUGUUGAAUUCUCUGCUGAGGUCCCAUUGCUGCGACCUGCCCAUAAUGAUCUAAUACUCCUGAAGAACACGACUGUAUAGAACAUGUACAGCAUAUAAAUACAUUGUGUAUGUAAUCAGGGACUGUCCAGCAUUCCCACUCUGUGGUACUGUGUCUUAGACGACUCAGUGAUUUAGCAUGUUAUUGCUGGUUUGGCUCAGAUCUUGGCCGGAGGGCUGAAUUACAGUGGAGCCCGUGGAAUGAGCUAUUGUGUGCAGCCUGUUUACUUUAGGCCAGGAUCUGUGUGCAUAAAUACACAAGCACGGCAGGAAGAGGCAUGGGAGUGGAGAGGUAGAGGGAGGGGAGGGAACAAAAGCACCAAACCUACAGGGGCAUCCGUCAAAAAUAGAAAAUGUAAAUAAUGGAACAAGAGUGUGGAUUUAGAGUUUGAAAUGUGAACUAUCAAGAAUGCAAAAGAGCGUUAGCGUGCAAGAGGUGUUCAAACGCAAGGAAUGGCAUGUGAGUCUUACUUUUAUUUCUGGAGUCUUAUUGUUGUCACUAUUUUCACCAACAUCCAAGUCAGUAUUACUGAAGUGUCGUGUGUUAGAAGACUCGCUGAAAGCUUUGUUUUUACUUCUCUGCUAACUACAGAUACACUCAAGCGAAGGUUACACAGCAUAUUUUUAACUUCAAGAAAACAGUGGGAAUUGUUUUAAUAUUCAUAUUGCAAACAGCAGCGUUGAGUUGUAUGGGUUUGGUCUUCAGCGUGGUCUAUACCUGAGUGAAUCCGAGCGUUGUCUCCUGUCAGUUAACAGUGUAGAUUCUCAGUGGUGAUAGUCUCAGUCGUGUUUGUUUUAUAGCAUGUUUUUUACAGGGUUUCUAUUGUAAUUAUGUGUAUAACAUACAAAGAAAUGACAAACUGAUGUCUUCAACCGGCUGUAUAUGAGCUGGUUAAACAGUAACUGAAAACUUCUGCUGAGUAGUUUCUUACUCAGAUUGAUUUUAUUCUGACCCAGCAACAUAACACAUUUUUAUUUAGACAAGUGCACACACGUGGGUCCUAUCUCCUAUACUAAUUGGAAGCACUUUGUUGUUAUUAACGUCAGAUCUUUCAGAACUAAUGUCAAAUCCCCUGUUGCCUUACUGGUUGUGUGAAUCACUACUGCUCUCUAGUGUUCAAAGUGUUCAUGUGCGACUUUCAAGGCUGCUGAAUUUCUGCUACAGGGUCCAUAAAUCAACACAUUUGUCUUAAAGCUAUUUUUGUUUGUCUGCAGAUAACAAAAAAAUCUUAAUAUAGUGUGUUUCUGCUGAGUAAUUGUUAUUUAGGAUGAGUUGUUGCUUUAUCCUGUUUGUUACAGUGUUACAUUUUUUUCUUUUUUAGGUCAAGAUCAUUUUUUUGCAAACUACAUUUUAAUGCAAAACAUUUCCAGUAUGCUAUUUGUCUGAUUACAAUAUUUCUUGGUGGAAAGUUUGAAAUUAUCUGCUUUUUUGGGAAUCAAAAGAGUUGUGAACAAAGAAGUUAAUUCUGUUCCUAGUCCUUUUUAUUCAGUCAGCACCUAAAAAUAUCCUGCUGCAUAUCUGCGGUAUUAGAUCUUCUUCACAGCCAGAUAAAAAGUCAACAAACUGUUAUGAUCCUAAAAAAAUCAUCUUACCACUUUUACAGGCUAAUUUCAGAAUGAAACUGACCUAUUUUUAAUUUGAUUGGUCACUUCUCUAUUGGCAAGAUGCAAUAAUUUAUAUGUCUUCACUACGUCUUUAUGAUUUAAAGUUUACACACCCUUGGUCAGCUAACUGGUGUGUGCGUUAGUAAAAACACAAAGCACCUCAUAUUGUAACAUAAUCAGUAUUAGUAGUAAAUGCUACUAUGUAAAAACUAGUCUUCCUCUCAGUGCAAUACAGCCUCUUCCUAAACCCCCGGUGACUGGAAUUAGUUGAAACCUGUUACGGUUGUGUGUGUAUGUGCUAGUCUCCACUGAAAAAGAUUCCACCUGUUUGUAGAUAAUUCUUUUUCUUUGUAUAGAAAGUGGAAAAGGUCUUUUUUUGUAUCUCUCUCUUCUAUUUUGUGUCCUGUGUUGCCUCAAACUCAUGUGACCUGAUUGUGUAAUCCUAUUUAUCCAGAACUGUGCUUUGUGUUCAUGUAAAUAGGUGUUUGUUAAUAAAAGAAUGUGCUCUUUUAA